AUGGAGGAGCUGCGCUGUGAACAUGCCUUGAAGGUUGCUGAAGUUGAGCAAGCCAAGACAGCGCAGAUCGAUGAGAUGAAGCGCAGCAGCAUGGAGGAGAUCGAACAGCUGCGAUCUGCGCUGGCAGCUGCCAGGUGGCAGGCUGAUGUCUACGUCAGGGAGCAUCAGGACGCUGUGCGCGAGAUCUGCCUGAGGCAGCGGGAGAACGCGCGGCUGGGGAAGCGCCACGCGGAGGCGCGGCAGGAGGCCCUGGAGCUUGCGGUGCGGCUCGAGCAGCUCCGCGCCGUCGAGGCAGGCGCUCCGGCCAGGGAGGCUGAGUUGCAAGCUGUCAGACAGCGUUAUAUUCUCCUUCAGCAGACCGCAGCCGAAUGGCGAGAGGCUCUGCUGCGGAAGAGCGGGGACUGUGAAGUCUGGCGAAGACGCGCGGAGUUGAAGGGAGUUCCGAUGCACCGUGAAGAUAUGGAGUUGCAGGCAGAGAUUCAGUCUGUGACAUCGUCCAGUCCGUCCUACGGCCAUGCCUUCAGAUCUGGCAUGAAGAUGGAGGCGGUUGGGAGAGCCUCAUACUUGCCAAGUCCUGUACAAAGCAGGAGUCCUGUUCUCAGCAGGAGCGGGCGGCAUCCGUGGCCAGAGCUGUCUUCAAUCAGGACACCUCUUCAAUCUCCUCAUCGGCACAGCAAUCCGACUCGGGGCCGAGCUCUAGACAGGGCUGGGUGGCAGCCGAGUCUGGCCUCGCAGCGCUCUCCGUCUCCCCAUCCAGCAGGGGAGUUCGUGAACGUUGUGCUCAAAGCUGCCAAGCUUCGCGCAGAGGCCAACCUCAAAGCAGGCGUAAUGGCCAAGCACAGGGAACGAGCAUUGCUUGAGGCCGAGAAUGAGGUGGAGAUGCUGGCAUUUCUGCUGGAGGAGGGCGACUCUUCGGAAGCAGAAGUGCUCUUGGAGAUGGAGGCGCAAGCGCAAGAAUCUGCUUCUCCAGCUAUCGCUGCUCAUCUUCGAGCACAAAUUACUGAGCUUCAAGGCAGAAGGCAGCGAUCGGUGAGCCCACCAGAGCUGACUGCCUGA